UAAUAAUUUAAUAUCAUAUCAUAUAAAUGCUGAUAAUAAAACCUACAUCAAAUUAUACAUUAUAUUAUAUUUGAUAAGUUGAAAAUGAAGUAAUUUAACGUUGGCUGACCUGUCAACCAGUUGUCUGUCUCGCUCGUUCAGUCGGUCGCUCACUCCCGCACUGCUGUCCUUGCACGAUGACAACGCGUUUGUUUGUGUUUUGAAUAUUGUCGUGUUAUCGUAGUGGUGAACCAUGUUCGUUGAUCCGUUAUUUCAUAUUUUUUUUUUCCUGUUCAAAUCGCUCCAGUCCGUUUACGGUCAUUGUUCGAUAGGUACGUAAGUCUGUCACAUAAUAAUCAUGGCGAGGAGACGGAAUAGCCGUGGUGUCGGUCGUGCCUCGGCGAUGUCCAAAGAGAAAGAUGAAAAGAUAUUACAGUUGACAAACGAAGUGGAAUAUCUCAAACAGAAGUCGGAUGUCUUAUCAUUCACACAAGUUUCUUCAACAUGCUCAUCUGGCAUAGGAGAUUUGAGUUUGGCUGAAAAACAAUAUCAACAAGAACAUCAACACAUUAAACCUAAAAAGCGAACGAUUCGUCAAGCAGCUACUAAACAACCGAACCCAGAUCCAUUAGAAUCCAACCAGACAAAACGGCGGAGAACUAGUAUUCCACAAACUAAAUCAGCUAAAUUAAAAAACAUGGAAGAAUUGUCUUUGAUCACAGCAGAUGAUGCAUAUUACACAUGCCUAGGAAGUUAUGAUCCUAUAAAAAGCAAUCCAGUUUCUAAAAAUACUAAGAGGAAUAUAGAAGUAAGCAUUUCAUUUAACAUGUAUAAUAAUAUAAUCUGUUAAAUAUUUAGUAUUGUCUUUAUUACAUUAGUAUGUAUGAUUUUUCAGAUUCCAAAUUAUAGACUUAAAAAAUAUUCUUGUCGAAAUUCAGCAAAAGGCAUAGAACUAAUGUCGGAUGCUAUAUUUCAAAAGAGGCAUUUCAAACACGAAAGAAGUGAACAAAUUUGUAAGAGAAGAGACUUACGACAAAUAAGAGAAUUAAUACGAGUAGAAAAUUUGAGGAAAGGUCGUAAUAAGCACCAUUCACAGAAAUCUAAUGACAAUAAUAAGGAAGAAUUGACAACUUUAUUGCCGAGUCCAUCGAACAUCAAAUCAAUUGAAAUUACAAACAAACUACCGGUAUCUGCAUUUGGCAUUAAUUUAUAUAGAUUGACAUGUUAGUGCUUACCCAUAUUAUUUAUUAAAGACUUGUUAAACUUAAAAUGUUAUGUUGGUUAUGUUUAUAAGUUUUAAAGUAUCCCAUGGUCAAGUAUAGCUAAUAUCGAUUUAACUCAUAAAAGAGAACAAAUACAAAUAAUCUACAGCAAUUACUAAAUUUAACAUUUUAAGAAUAAUUAUAUACCAUGUACAGUGUCUAAAAAGCUAAUUACCUAUUGUCAAUAACAAAUCACAAGUAGUAUAAAUGUACAACCUACUUUAAUUUAAUAUACAUUAUUUUUAAAUGAUUUCAUUAAAGCUGAAGAAAUAUUAAGCAAAUACUGCAAAAAAAAACUUUUGAAAAUAAACUACUUUAAACAGCACAAUACUAAUGGCUUAUUAAUUAUAUUCAACAGAUAUAGAGAGUUCAAUGCUUUUAAAUACUACACAGGUUUUUCUUUUAUUUCAAUCAC